AUGUACUGUGUCUACGACCUUUCUUCUAUAUCAGGAAGUAUAACAAUGAAACUGUCCGCAAUUCCCCGGUACGCGAAAACUUCAAAAAGUUGUGGUCUGCAUCAGCUGGAACCAGACUGUCCGAAGUUUUCAAUCUUCAAAAACAGAAACGUUCGCGGCUGGUGGCCAUGCGCCGAUGAGAUUUAUGAACAGGUUGAACUGCAGGGGAAAGUGGAGUGUGAGCUUAGUCUCCUCACGGCAGUGGAUGCAGAAAACUCCCCUGCGGGGCCGGCAAGAGAAGAACCUUGUGCUUUGCCAAAGCCAAACCGUCCAGACAGCUCCUUUCAGAGGAUAUUGGGUCCACUGAAUACAAUCCGGUACUUUAUCAAAUACAAACUCAAAUGGGUGUUGAUAAAGAUUCUUGUUAUCUUCCUCGUUUUACUGAUCGUGUUUUUAUUUCUUUAUAGCUUCCCUGGUGCACUUGUUAAUCGCUUUGUUGGUGCGUGAUUUCCGUUGUGAUAUGUUAUGAAUUGGCCCGCCUAGUGAUAUCCCCCAACCCAAGUCAAUGGAGUGGUGUCACCCCAUGACCUUUAUGUACCAGAACAAUUGUGAGAAAAUACACGAUUUUUUUCCGAAAUAUCA